GCUAAAAAGGGACUCCUCCUCAAACCAACCCACCAGGCCUGGGCGGAGCUUGGCACGACGCCCUCCUUUUCCCGCCGGUGCCUCCCCGGCUCCUCCUCCCCCUCCUCUCCCCCUUAGUGGAGCCUGGCGGAGGCGGCACUGCCGCGGCGUUUCCUAGCUCAGUGCCCCGCUACUGGCUCGCUGGGCGCCCGCCGUUUCGUUCCUCUCGCUUCCUCUCCCAUCUGGAGCCAGAAGGAUGGUGCUGCCCGACGAAGAGCGCGCCGCCGAGGUCUUCCGGGCGCCCCCGGACCUGGUGCGGGAGGCGCACGUGCCUUCCUUGGAAAAGUACCGGGAGCUUUACAGCCGCUCGGUGGAGGAGCCGCAGGAAUUUUGGGGUGAUAUUGCCAAAGAAUUUUACUGGAGGAGCCAACAUACUGGACCAUUCCUGCAGUACAACUUUGAUGUCACUAAAGGGAAAAUCUUUAUUGAAUGGAUGAAAGGGGCUACAACCAACAUUUGCUACAAUCUGUUGGACAGAAAUGUCUACGAGAAUAAACUUGGGGACAAAAUAGCUUUUUACUGGGAGGGAAAUGAACCAGGGGAAUCCAUGACGAUCACGUACAGUGAAUUGCUGAGCAAAGUCUGCCAGUUUGCUAAUGUUCUUCAGGAGCAAGGCGUGAAGAAAGGAGACAGUGUAUCCAUCUACAUGCCAAUGAUCAUUGAGCUGGUGGUAGCCAUGCUUGCCUGUGCCAGAGUUGGAGCACUUCAUUCCAUUGUGUUUGCAGGUUUUUCAGCAGAAUCCCUUUGUGAAAGGAUCCUUGAUUCCCACUGUUCACUUCUCAUUACUGCAGAUGCCUUUUAUAGAGGUGAUAAGCUGAUUAACCUGAAGCAGAUAGCAGAUGAAGCCUUGCAGAAAUGUAAAGACAAGGAUGCCCCUCUGCGAAGGUGCAUUGUGGUCAAACAUUUAGGAAGGGAAGAACUGGUGCUUGAUGGGCCAAGCAGCAAAUCGCCCCCUCUGAAGAGACUCUGCCAGAGUGUGCAGGAAAAAAAGACUGAGAGCUCAAAGAAAGUCCAUCCUAAGAUACCUUGGGAUUCAGAAGUUGACUUUUGGUGGCACGACGUUAUGAAAAAUGCUAGCAAGGAGUGUGAGCCUGUCUGGUGUGAUGCAGAAGAUGAACUGUUUAUUCUCUACACCAGUGGGUCAACUGGAAAACCCAAGGGUGUUGUACAUACAAUAGGUGGAUAUAUGAUUUUCACUGCCACUACCUUUAAAUAUGUGUUUGAUCACCAUCCUGAGGACAUUUAUUGGUGCACAGCUGAUAUUGGAUGGAUAACUGGUCAUUCCUACCUCACAUAUGGACCUUUGGCAAAUGGGGCAACCAGUGUUUUGUUUGAAGGGCUCCCCAUUUACCCGGAUGUCGGCCGUAUGUGGAGUAUCAUUGAUAAAUACAAGGUGACCAAGUUCUACACAGCACCCACUGCCAUACGCCUUCUCAUGAAGUAUGGGGAUGAACACGUCAGGAAGUACAGCAGGAAGUCCCUGAAGGUACUAGGAACGGUAGGGGAGCCCAUAAACCCGGAAGCUUGGCUAUGGUACUAUAGGGUAGUUGGCGAAGAGAGAUGCCCAAUAGUGGAUACCUUCUGGCAGACAGAGACUGGUGGCCAUGUGUUAACUCCUCUCCCUUCUGCCAUACCAAUGAAGCCAGGCUCAGCUACCUUUCCUUUCUUCGGGGUGGUCCCUGCAGUGCUGGAUGAGUCUGGGGAGGAGCUGGAAGGAGAAGCAGAAGGUUACCUGGUUUUUAAGCAACCCUGGCCUGGAAUAAUGCGCACAGUGUACAAAAACCACCCACGGUUUGAGACCACUUAUUUCAAAAAGUUCCCUGGUUAUUACGUGACAGGAGAUGGCUGCAAAAGAGAUAAAGAUGGUUAUUACUGGAUCACGGGUCGAAUUGAUGACAUGCUGAAUGUUUCUGGGCACUUGCUGAGUACAGCAGAAGUAGAAUCGGCUUUGGUAGAGCACUUGGCCAUCUCGGAGGCGGCAGUAGUAAGCCACCCACACCCAGUGAAGGGAGAGUGCCUCUACUGUUUUGUGACCCUAAGGGAUGGCCAUGAAUUCACAAAGAACUUGAUUGAUGAACUGAAGAAGCAAGUUAGAGAAAAGAUUGGUCCCAUUGCAACGCCAGAUUAUAUUCAGAAUGCUCCUGGUCUGCCCAAAACCCGCUCAGGUAAAAUUAUGCGGCGGGUAUUAAGAAAAAUUGCCAAAAAUGACCGGGAGCUGGGGGAUACCUCAACAGUGGCAGAUGCAGCAGUUAUAAACCACCUUUUCAACAACAGGUGUGAGACGAUACUGUAGCAAGGCUAUUGUGGAAGAACACAGCAGUAGUGCAGAGAUUUGGUGAGAAUGUGGCCCCAUCCAGACAAUGACUGUGCUUUCCUUGAGAUGGAGAAGCUACCCAAUGCCGAACUGAAUGUAAAUGAAGAGAAGAAACUGAUGCUCCAAGACGCACUCCUCUUGUGUUGUAGAUCUAGCUGUCUGUGCCUCUGGAGAACUGUGUGCAUUAUGUUGUAGACCGAAAACUACAUAUCUGAAAUUCCAGCCUCGUUCACGUCAUACAGAAUGACUUAACAUUUUUAAUUUUCAUGAACUAGUUUCAUGGAUGGUUUUUUUUUUUUUUUUUACUUUUUAAUGUGCUGCAAUGGGCAGAGCUUAGAAUGUGCAGGUAUUGGUGUGAAAAGAUGGUUUUGCUCCUGAGCUGUAGUUAUAGGUUUUGAGAACCGACAGAUUGAAUAGUAAUCCUCAUGUUGAGGCAGAAUUAUUGGAACAAACAUUUUAGAAAUCCAUCUGGUUUCUUCCUUUCUUUUUAAAAUCCUGACUACUCUGGCUUCAUGCCGUAGGAAAGUGGACAUUUUUAGGAAAACUGUAACUAUGAAGCUGUAUCAAAUUACUUUUCCAGUGUUAGUCUGAACACGGAUGUUAAUGAUGAUGAUCUUCCCCCCACAAAAAGGGGAAGUUUGGGGUUCUGCAUGUUUUGGUUUUUAAUAAUGCAUUAGUAUGUGUGUGCACACCGCUAAAUUUUCCCAUUGCAUUGUUGUUUGCUGGAGGUGGAAGCAAAUUCAGGGAAUUGUAGCCAUGAAAAGCUAUGUUCAGUGCCUAGAUAUAUCAUAGAGGGAGGUUCUUAAAUUUGCUGUGGUUGUUGGGCUGGUGCAAUACUUGUACCAGUUAAAUCUGGGUAUGGAGAGCAUCUGUUGAUUCACCUUGAGGGAUGAGAAGGAGGUGCUGCAGAGAUACCAAGGUUACAGUGACAUGGGGCAUUUCAGUUACUUGCUUCUCCAUGUGACCAGCUGGGGCCCACAAACACAUGAAGAAAAUGUAUACAGCCAGUGAUUCUCACCCAUGCUUGCUAUGGCUGGAAAAAGUGUGGCUGCAUUUGUGGAAACUCCAGUUAUACCUGUACUUAGUCCAGUUUAUGCUUCCAUCACUCGAUGUAAUCAUGGGCAUGUUUGUGACCAAAUAUGAGCUGCUACUGUUGUGGAAGGGAAAAAAUACAACUGUGACCAGCCUGCAGAUAAUUAUGCAGAGGUGUCCUUUCUCAAGUCAGAUGAAUAUAUCCAUAGCUCACAAUUCAUCAAAAUUACUGUGAAGGAUUUGAUUCCCCUGUGUUCUUUGUCACUGAGGUUGCAAAGAAGAAAUUAUCAAAUCAAGUGUAGGCUGAGAUCUGAUGUGGGUACAUAACAAGGGGAAAAUCUUUUAAUAUAUUUAAUCCUACAACCCAAACUCUCUAAUAAACGUAGAUUACAGAAACGGGCUUGUUUCAAUAAUUUUUGUUAAGGUGUGUAAUUCCAGCACCUAUUUCAAUACUGCUGGCCUGGAAAUGUUUCUCCAUUUUUUAUUUUUUUUGAAAAAAAUGGGUAUCAAAGUGUUGACUGCGAUAGCCAUGGUGAGGAAUCCCAAGGUGUCUGAUUUGCCCAUGUAAUUGUUAAAGCAUGUCCCUUAACCAUAUGCUUGAUGAAUAAUUUUAACAUUGCCCUGACCUUGGCCCAUGGUUAUACAUUUCUCAUUUCUUACUUGCUCUUAGUAUUCUAAAUGCACUUGUAUAUGGUCUGCAACAUCAUUGUAUAUUUAACCUAAUGUCAUACAGCAUUAAAGGUAGGCCCGUGGCUUGCUAUGUGCUAUUAAUAAGAAACAAAUCCUUUAAAUCUUGGUCUGACAUAAUUUUGGUUAGGAAAUGGCUGGAAUUGUUUUUAAUUGGAAUAAAUCAAAGAAAUAAAAUAUAUAAACCGGUUG